GUGCCUAUAGCCCAGGGAUCCGCCCGUUUCUGUGAUUGGCAGCGGAGGUGCCACGUGCUUCCGCGAGCCUACAGGGACCUGCACCGACACCCCGCGCCGUGUUACUACAGCCACUCACCCUCCAGACCCACUCCACCGACACCCAGUCAUACUUGCCUGGAGACAGGAGAAAGCACCAUGGCAGCUCUGAGUGGCUUUGAUAUUGAUGCUCCACGCUGGGAUCAGUCCACGUUCAUAGGCCGUCUCAAGCACUUCUUUAACAUUACGGACUGCCGCACCGCUGUCCUGUCUAAUGCCAAACUGGAUGAAGCAAAAGCCUUAGUGGAUAGUUGCAGAGCGGGCUCUAUCCCUCCAGGUACAACUGAGGAACAGCUGCAUUAUGCCAAGAAGCUCUAUGACUCAGCAUUUCACCCUGAUACUGGUGACAGGAUGAACUUGAUUGGCAGAAUGUCUUUCCAAGUGCCAGGUGGCAUGGCCAUCACCGGCUUCAUGCUGCAGUUCUACAGGACGGUGCCUGCUGUGGUGUUUUGGCAGUGGGUAAAUCAGUCCUUCAAUGCUCUGGUCAACUAUACCAACCGCAACGCUGCCUCCCCCAUCACACCAAAACAGAUCGGUGUGGCUUAUGCAACUGCAACAAGCACCGCAUUGGCCACUGCUGUGGGUCUGAACCUCUACACAAAGAAAGCACCUCCUCUGGUGGCUCGCUGGGUGCCUUUUGCAGCCGUCGCUGCAGCUAACUGUGUAAAUAUCCCUAUGAUGAGACAACAGGAGAUCUUGAAUGGCAUUGCAGUCACAGAUGAAAAUGGCAAUAAACUUGGUGACUCGAGAAAAGCAGCAGUAAAGGGCAUCACACAGGUGGUUAUUUCCCGAAUCACCAUGGCGGCACCGGGCAUGAUCAUCCUCCCUAUUAUAAUGGAGAGACUAGAAAGAUACAGAUUUAUGCAGAAAAUUACAUUUCUCCAUGCACCACUGCAAGUGAUGAUGGUUGGAGUAUUCCUGAUCUUCAUGGUGCCUGCAGCAUGUUCACUGUUUCCACAGAGAUGCGCUCUGUCUGUGUCCAAGCUGGAGCCAGAGCUCAGAGAAUCCAUCAUCUCCCAGUAUGGUGACAGCAUCACCCAUGUUUAUUUCAACAAGGGCUUGUGAUACUGUUAACCUGCUUCUCUUAGACUGGAGGAACAUCGUCUGGUCCUGAUCUUGGCCAGUCCUGAAAGACCAGCGCAAGUCACUGGUUACUCAAAUUCAUACACAUGGGACAGCUUGGUUUUUAAUAUUUUAAUUGUAUGACUUUUCUACAUUAUUUCACAAUGUUUGGGGGGAAAUGGCAUUUGCUAUAAAUUGGAGGCCUUUGGCCUACUUCUGAAUAACCUUCAUCACAUCCUUGUUUUUGCUCUGUUCCAACUCUUGAGCUAGGCCAGGCAAUCAGCAGGUGAGCACUGAUUUCCUGGAUCAGAUGACUUGUGAGCUGGAAUUUAAUCAAAUAUGGACUAUGUUUUAUUGGAAUUGGUUGAUGUUGGAUGGAACAAUGGUUAUAGAACUGAAUACAUUGAAAAUGCCUUUAUUAUGUUUACGGUAGAUAAUUGUUUUACUUGAUUUAGUUUUAUUGAUCAACAAGUAAUUGCCCAUAAGGAAAUGUAGAAAUUGAGCCUUUCCUUGAUGUAUGUGGUCAUGAGCAGUUUUACAGCCAUUAUUAAUAGUGAAUAAGGAGAGGGGAACUGCUGUUACAUACUGAUCUCUCAGGAAUUUUUCAUUUAACGGUUAUAUGCAUUAAUGCUUGAUUGAUUACUUUAAUUUGAUUACUUGGAUAGUUCAGGUAAUUACCAGAUACCCAGCUGGCCAAGUGUGGAAACUCAAACACUCUCAAGGUCAAAAAAAGGUGAUAAAACAAGGUAAUUAUUAUUAUUUUUUUAAACCAAACCUUUGUUCAGUUACGGAUGACUCAUUUUGUGUUACAGUGUGUUGUUAUAUUUGAUCAAAUGCCCAUAUUAUGUGUUAAAACAUAGACUAGUAGCAGACUUGUGCAGUAAUAAAGCAGUAAUAAGGUUGUAAGGGUGAGUUAACAGCAGUACAUCAUGUGAUUAGAGAGUGAUUUAGCUUGUGCUCUACAAGACUGGUGUUUUUUUUUUUGUUUUUUUUUCUCCCUCAUUAUAACAUUUAACACACGGAUAUAAAAUGUGUUAUAAAUUACAUACAUUUUGAGAGUAUCUGUCUGAAUGAUGUCAUAAGGCCAUGCCACAGUAUUAAAGUGUUAUUCAUGUGUUAUUUUUCUUUGUUCCAAAGAAAGGUGUGCCUUGUGUACAAAAAAAAAAAAUCUUUGGCUGGAAAUUCUUUGGUCAUCUUUCUUCUGACAGAGUCUGUCUCAUUCCCUCAUGAGUACGCACACUAUAUAUUAUUCAUUUCCAAAUAUUUAAAUUAACAAAAUCUUAUACAUAGAAUAGUAUAGUAUAGUUUUUUAGCUCUGUGUUGUUCAAACUUUACUGCACUGUCAAUUCGAGCUUGUGGAAACUGCAGUGUUGCACUCUGGCCACUAGAGGGAAGUGUUUCAUUUCCAGUCAGGUUAAUGGUUGAUGUGCUUCAGCUGUUGUCUAGGCUGAAAAGCAAAUGGCUUUUAAAGCAAACCUUUACACCAUGGAAGACCAUCUUGAAAAUCUUGUAGAAAACUGUUUCUGGUAGGAAGCAAAUGAGAGCUGCUAUUAGACUAAUAUUUGUGUUGUGUGACUGGAGGUUUGCGGCUGGGAACAGCUGGUUUGGGGGACCAGAGGGUGGGACUCUGAAGUGUGCUUUGUAUUGGUUAAGAAAGAGUAGGCUUCAGACCUCAUGCUGCUCUGGCCUGUUUACUGUCUGUGAUAAACCUGACAUGCAGGCAUCAGCAAAGUUCUCAUCACUUUUUACUAGCCUGAAACAUAUGACUAACUGAAGAAUCUGCCAGACAGCCUAAUGUUCUUUAACAGUUUUAUUUUUU